UCCCAGCAAAAAUUCCAUCCCCUUUCUCAUCUCCCGAAACCCCAUCGGGUUUCAAUCCCAAACCCAAGGGAGGAAACGAAUCGAAUUCCAAAAUCAUUCAGAGAUUUACGAUUUCUGAUCAUCACUUCAUCCGUCUGAUCCCUAUAUCUCAUCAGAAAAUCCAACGAUCCGAUGACAAACACCUGAUCUUCUUAUCCUAUCAUCUCCUGCUUUUUUCUAGGGUUCAUUUUCUUCCUACCUUCGUCUUUACCAUCUCCUGCAACGGCCCGAAUUCCCUCCAUCGCGAUGGACGGAAACAAAGACGAAGCCCUUAAAUGCCUCAGGAUCGGAAAAGAAUCCCUAGAAUCCGGCGAUCGGAACCGCGCCCUCAAAUUCCUCACCAAGGCCCGCCGACUGGACCCCACCCUCCCCAUCGAUGAUCUCAUCUCCACCAUUGACUCAGAUUCCCCUAAUGACAACCCUCCCCCGCCAACUGACCCCACCACUGAAGCACAUGUGCCAAACAAGCCGCCUGGGAAUUCUUCUUCGGUUAGGGCUAGAGUUUCAGCCAAUGGGCCAUCGCCAUCGCCAUCGUCGUCGUCGUCGUCCUCUUCUUACACCGAGGAGCAGAUCUCGAUUGUCCGCCAGAUCAAAAGGAAGAAGGAUUACUAUGAGAUCUUGGGUGUCGAGAAGGAAUGUUCUGUAGAAGAUGUCCGGAAGGCUUAUAGGAAGUUGUCGCUGAAAGUCCAUCCUGAUAAGAACAAGGCGCCUGGUGCUGAGGAGGCGUUUAAGGCCGUCUCAAAGGCCUUCCAGUGCCUCAGUGACGGAGAGAGCCGGAAAAGAUACGAUCUUGUUGGGUCUGAGGAGGAAGUCGUCUAUGAGCGGCGGGCGAGGAGGGGUUCCCACAAUGGCUUCAAUGGCUUCUACGAGGGUGAGGUUGAUGCGGAGGAGAUCUUCCGGAACUUCUUCUUCGGAGGUGGCAUGCCUCCAGCAACUGCAUCAUUUGGUACGUUUAGGUUUGGGCAAGGUAUGGGACCGAGUGCUGGCCGGAAUGGUGAGGCUCAUGGAUCAGGUAAUACCAAUCUUCGGGCUCUAAUUCAGAUUCUGCCCAUCAUUGUCUUGCUGCUGUUGAACUUCCUUCCAUCUUCGGAACCUGUUUAUUCCCUCUCUCGAUCCCACGCUUACCAGUACCAAUUCGUCACUGAGAAGGGCGUGCAGUUUUAUGUGAGGACAUCAAAAUUCGAAGAGGAGUAUCCUAUUCACAGUCCAGAGCGUACGGCGCUUGAAGAACGUGUGGAGCGUGACUAUGCUUCUGUUCUCACGCAAAAUUGCCGGGUCGAGUUGCAACGGCGCCAGUGGGGCCUUGCAUAUCAGAUUCCACACUGUGACCUGCUUAAGGAGUUCGAGGCCCGGGCUUGAUGUUUACACACAAGGGAACUCAAUUUACCUCAAACAUCUAAAGGAAAAGCAACAAUCUUGAUGAGCCGAUGAUCAAUAAAGGAAAAGGUGAUUCAUUGUUCAUAUUUUUUCAUUUGAUGCAUCUGUUAGCUAAUUGGAAUUCCCGAUUCUGAAAUUGGUCAAAGGUUAGAAUUGUAUAUGCUGCCUUCCAAGAAAAAUCCUCCACCCCUGGUGGACGUAGAAUGCCCAUACCUUGCAAGAGAAACAGUUCGACGUAAAUGGUGAAAAUGAAUUAUAUAAGAAGUUAAGAACAUACCUAGAGGAUCCCUACCCAAACUCUCCAAUACUUCCUACUAUAGGGAUAUACACUUCUUCUAACCUAACCUGGAUCUCAACUGAAAAACGAUCUCAUUAUCUCAUCCUCUUUCAAAUUUCUUCUAAGGUCAAGAUACCCCAAACCCCAUUCCCUAUUUUUUUUAGCACUCUCCUAUGACCAUCUUCCUGACAACUUUUUCCUUGAAAGAUAAUAAUUUAUUAAAGCUCACCUAAAGGCGAAAGCAAAAGAAGGAAGAAAAGAAAGACUUAAAAAAAAAAACAGAAA